UAUGCGGGUGCUGCUGUCCAAAUUGCCACGGCCAUGGAUAGUGGAUGAGAAAAAGGAUGAUGGUUACACUGCGCUUCACCUGGCCGCCCUCAACAACCACGUGGAGGUGGCAGAGCUUCUAGUCCACCAGGGAAAUGCUAAUUUGGACGUACAGAACGUUAACCAGCAGACGGCAUUGCACCUUGCGGUCGAGCGUCAGCACACCCAGAUAGUGCGACUCUUGGUGCGAGCCGAGGCGAAGUUAGACGUGCAAGACAAGGACGGAGACACGCCGCUGCACGAGGCCCUGCGUCACCACACUCUGUCCCAGCUGCGACAACUUCAGGACAUGCAGGACGUCAGCAAAGUGGAACCCUGGGAGCCUUCCAAAAACACAGUAUGUACAUAGAACUAUAUAAACUAUGCAGGUGUUCUCAUUAAAAGCUUCAGAUUAACAGAACGUGAUGUAGCACACAUUUUCAGUUGUUUUGAAUUGAUCCACAAUAAAUAAUUGGAAUUUUAAAUGAAUUAUGUUAAUUAA